AUGCAUAAGAAGGUUGUUUGUCCCGAAGUGCAGACCAGUCAAUGCCCCAGGUGCUUGACUGUUUUCUCCAAUAUCUCAUCUGCCAAGCAUCAUUUUCGAGCAUCCCGCGACCGCCCGUGUGCAGUGGAUCGAAGCACAGGUAACUUAGGCACUGCCCCGCUCCAGCCAGCUCGACAUGUGGAUCGGCAGCGGUUCCGCGGACGCGCCCAUGCAGCAGACCCAGCAGAGCAAGAGAGCCCGAACGGAGGAUCCCGCAAGAACCUCGUCCGCAUGAUGGAGAACUUGGACUACCGUCUGCGCCAGCUCGAGGGUGCCACGGCGUGCAUGCUGUGCUUUUUCCUGCCUCUGGAGGGAUGCGGGUUGGCCCAAGCCAUGCAAGCGGCAGCGGCUUACUACGAUGGGCGCAGCCCUCGCAAGGGCAAACCGCAUCCGGACAAGCAUCGCAAGACCACUCUAGCCGGAGCCCUCGUGAAGUUUGCAGCGGAGCACGAGUUGCAGAGAUUUUCUUCGGAAGAGCAAGCAGCCCUGGCCCGGACAAGCAAGCUUCUUGCAGCAGCACACCGGCCUUCCCUUGUGGAACGGCACGGGAUGAUCAAGCUGAUGUUUCCCCCUCAUGGCGACGCCGACAGCUAUGGAGCUCGAUGUCAUCGCUCGCAACUUGUGGACAGCCAGAAAGGACACCAAGUACGUGCUGACUGUCCAGUUCCAGCCGCACGGGGUCUUGGCUCAGGUGACGCCGUUCACCGAGUUCGUGAUUCUUGCGACGGGAAGGAUGCCUUCGUCGGGCGCGCUGCCGAAGUGAGCCCAAGUGAGGUGCUUGUGAACGCAGUUGUCCAAUUGGUUGCUCUGUGUGUCUAG